AGCUGUCAGAGCGCAGUGGAAGGGCGCACUUUCCAUCGCGCGCCUAAGAAAAACCGGCUUGUCUGCUGGACAGUGGGGUACCACAGACCCCAACACACACACUCAGACCAAUACAGCCAACGACGUUUGUGAACGGGGAGUCGAUAUCCAGGAUUCAAUCAAUCAAUUUUGGGCAAGUCACGGCAUUUGUUUGGAAAGUAAAUAAACAAUGCGCUCCGCCGGCGACAACUAUUCUCAAAGAUGAGUCACCGAGGGGGCGAUCGCCAACAUCCAGUGGUUCUGUGGUCUCCUCAGGCGGGACUAAGCCCGGUAAGCUCUCCCACAGAGCAAAACGCGUCUUUCGGUCACCUUCUGAAAUGAUGUCUCGUGGCGAGAUGCGUGGCGCGCCAGAGUGCGUGUGAGUGACUGACCGAUAGUCUUUCUGAGAGAGAAGAGAGGCUGGAUAUAAACAGCAGCCGGGCUUUCAGGCAGCGACAGCCAGACACUCAGAGCAGCCACCUCGCCUCUCUCACAGCUCCUCAGACUCAUGCAGGAUGCCCGGAGAGCGCCGGGGAGUCCUGGUCCAGCUCAGCCCGAGUUCAUGACGCUCUGGGUGGCCUCGUCAUGCGUCUGUUGCCUGAGCCCAGCGCCCAGUCCUUCCGUAUCCUCUUCCUCUUUAUCUUCGUGAUGGGGGUGACCCCUUCCCCGGCUCUCACAGCCGGCUGCCCAGACAGGUGCGUGUGCGACGAUCAGCUGGUGGUCCAGUGCGCCGGGCAGGAGCUCACCGUGUUCCCCAAUGACCUGCCCUUAGCAACCCGGCAGCUCAUCAUCUCCAACAACCGCAUCGGGGACCUUCCGGCGCUGCAGCUCAACUACCUGUCCGACCUGGUCUAUCUGGACUGCAGCAACAACUCUCUGACCGAGAUCUCCGAGUCCACAUUUGGGAAUUUGCGAAAACUCGCAUACCUGGACUUGUCGUUCAACACUUUGCUGCAGAUCGAGGACCGGACUUUCGGGCCCCUGGCGUCUCUGGUCAUGCUCCGGCUGACGGAUAACCCGUGUCUGGGGGAGAUCCACCCAGAUGCCUUCUCGGAGAACAUGGCUCUGCAGGUGCUGGAUGUGAGCCGGAACAACCUGACGGCCCUCAACAUCAGCAGCCUGAUCGCCCUCCCUGCUCUGCGGUCUCUGGGGCUCAGCGGCAACCCCUGGAGUUGCGACUGUGACACGGAGGACCUCUGCCUCUGGGUGCAGAUAGAGGGCUUCAAGUUCCAAGAUGAAGGCCAGACAGUUUGCCACAAUCCCCCAGAGCUGGCGGGCCAGCGGUUGGCGGAGGUCGGCAUGCAGCUGCGGGCAGACUGCCAUCAAGGCCUGGGCUACUGGGACUACCUCUUCUUCAUCGCCAUCGGCUUUGUCAUCUUCUCGGCCGGUACAGUGUCGGCCUGGGUGAUGGGCGUGCUCAUGGUGCUGUACGAGCGCUACAGCAAAAGGAAGAGCGAGGACAUGGACAGCGACGACGAGGAGGAUAGAGCAGGGAUGGGCGGAGGAGGUGGAGGAGGUGGAGGAGGAGGAGGAGGGAACCAGGGGAAUGGGGAUCUGAGCAAGCCCAGCAUGCAGGUGUGACAGACUGAUGUAAAACAACGUGAGGAGGGAUGAUGAGAGAAAUAGGACAGAGAGGAAGAACCAGAAUGAGAAGACCAAAGGCUCUGCAAUGAACCAAGAUCUGACUGUCUCUCUUUGUUCCAGAUAUAGAUAUCGCAAUAUGCCCUUCACCGUUUUGGACAGAAAGUGUGUGUGUGUGUGUGUGUGUGUGUGUGUGUGUGUGUGUGUGUGUGUGUGUGUGUGUGUGUGUGUGUGCAUUGGAGAAAAAGAAAGACAGACAGAGACAGCAAUAAGGAUGACUAUGCCUUCACUUCAGGAGUACAGAAUGACCUCUGAGAUUAUUGAGAGCAAUAACCCCCAAACAGACAACAACAACAACACACACACAUACACACACACACACACACACACACACACUGCUCAUCUCGGCACAGAAACUCUACAGAGCUGCUGGUUUCUCUGAGUGGGCUGAUGGACCUGCAUACUAUGUGAAGUCCUAAUGUUCUGUAAUUGAUGAUUAUAUGAAGAUAUGUUAUGUGAGUGACACAUUCAAACACACACAGUACAUUCAUACAGAAAAGAAGGUAUUGGGGGUCACAAAGAGAGUGAUGCCUUAUCUCUACUAUAAUAAAAAGGGAAAACUAGUACAUUUCACUAUGAAGAUGAGUGAUUUUACUGAAUGCCUCAAGGCAACUCACUUGAAAUAGUGUCACUGUUGUCUCCUAUUGACAGAAUCUGUCCAGAAAAGGUUUGGGAUAUGUUAAAAUAAUCUGAAUGUAAAAACUAACUCACUGUUAUUAUGGAACAAAGAUAGAUAAUGUUAACAGAGUGGAGACGUGGUUCCUGCUGCUGGUGAGGUACUGGUGGGAUUUCCAUGUGGGUUAUGACGUUUAAAGGUACCAUGUGCAGGUUUUAACCACUUGUGGUUCUAAGGGAUAACGUUUUUUGUUUGUAUCUCGUGCUCUGUCUACAUGCAGGAGCUCACUAGUGACACGAUUUAUAUUCCUGGUCAACCUGUUCUCACUCCCAAGUCGUCACAUAUGGACACAUAGUCAAGAGCCAUAGUUGUCAGUUUGGGACACACUGGGGAUCCCUUUACCGCCAUAGUUUUUUGAUGGUAAAGGAAGGUAUAUGAUAUUUAAUAGAACAGUAAGGAGUAAGGAGGUGGUUGUGGUAGAUGGAGGGACAGAACCUGGACUUUGAACCAGGUUAGCGGGUUCAUGCCAGUGUGAAACAAAAAGUCAACAUUAAAUAAUUUUAUUUUGGCCAAGGGGGGUAAGCCACAGAUAAAAUAGUGAAGCCGACCAAAUGCUGCAUGGACGGUUCCAUGUAGGCCCAAAAACGACGGCAAAACCCUGUGACAUCCUGUCGCACAUGAGAGAUGUAACGGUAUUGCUUGGAUUAUAAACUCUUAGUGAAUCUAAAACAACUAUUCGGCCAUCAGUGACGCUGCAUUGGUGUUUGGCAGGUGAGCCUCGUAUGUGGGCUGACUAAACAGUGUCGAUCCGAGUCAGAGAAACACACUGAGCCAGAAGACUUUUGUUUGUUCAGCGUUGCUGCUACCAGAAUUACAGUAUUUUCGUCAUUAAACAGUUUUGCUGCGCGAUCAUGCGCAGUAGACACCGAUGCCAAGAGGAAGUAGCACUGUUGUAGUAUUUUAAUGCUCCAAAACUGGCUUCAGUGCUCUCCAUUCAAAUCAGGUGGCUUCGUCCAGUAAUAUACUGUCUAUGAUUGAGGCAAGUUACGUAAAAUGACAUGAGUGACGUAAGUUAUUUUAACCCAAACCAUGAUCUUUUCCUAACCUUAACCAAGUAGUUUUGUUGCCUAAACCCAACCAAGUACUUUCUGUGGCUAAACCUAACCAAACUGCAACGUUUCAUGACUUUAAUAACGCUAUGUUUCAAAUUGGUGAAGUUUCAAAACGCUAGCGUUUUAUUUUGAAAGUCUAACCGGACUUUGCAUAUUUAUUGUUGCUAAUUUUACCGGAACUUGACCACGGAGCCCUAAACGUCAGUAAAUGACGCAAAAGGGGUACCCAGGUUGUUAGAAGGCAACGCCAAAGGGCCUUGACCAAGCGUCAAUAUGUGACGAGUCGGGAGUGAGAACGUGUUGUCCUGGUGGUGGUUUCAUGUUAUUGUUUUAAAUGGCAGCUGUUGGAAGUAACACGCCAAGAAACGCAGUUAGCAGACAUGGAUGUAAGCAAUGCAGGUUUCACAACAUUUUUUUAAAAUCAGCUUCACAAAUGUUUUACAAGGAAGAAAAUGCAACAUAUUUUUAGGCCUCAAGGAUAAAAACAAAUGCAUUUAUGCAGUUAAUUCUGAAUGUAAAAAUAAUUAUUGUUGAUAACUCCACAGGGUACCUUUAAAGAUCAACUUAACGCCUCCCUGAAAAUCUUUUUUUUGCUGUCCAGUGUUUUUUUUUUAACUCGCUUCAGUGAUGUAGAAGUGCACUCUGGGGUGUGGCAGUACACUGCGACAUCACUGUUGGGUGUGGUCACUGUCAUCCAAAUACUGCAGAACACUUAAAACAAAUUUCAUGAAAAUCAGCAAGAGUUAAAUGCAAAUGAAUGCCAGUUUCCAUCCUCUACCAUUAUGCAAGAGUGUCAGUCAAGCCUCAAAUGUUGAAAAACCAUGUGGAAAACAUGACAGAUGGAGCGUUAUCAUUGCACGUCAUCACAUUUAGUUUUUAUCUAUACACCAACUUUUCCACCUCAGCCAAGCAUCAUUCUCUUUUUUUGUGAUAUUUUGACAUUUUUUUUCAAAUUUCCACUCAGGUUUUCAAUUUCAGGUUCACAAUUUGCAGGUGGAUGGAAAUACACUUAUUGACGCCGGGUGUGGCGAAAGAUGAAACAGACCUGACACAUUCAACCAGAGAGGGCAGUGAAACGUUGCUUUUCAGCCUGGUGUUAACUUACUUUUUUAAGCUCAUUCCUCUCAAAAGAUGGGCACAAAAAGUCUACCUAUAGCGACAUUAUGUUACUGUCUCAUAUCUUGUGUGCACUGUAUGAGUGUUUAUAUUCAUGUUUCUGUGUGUAUACACUUUCCUGUGCUGCAAGCCACAUUGCGGUAGUUUCUCAUCCAGUUUACACAGUCUCCAACCUACAAUAGUUGCAGAAGUGGGGCAGGUUUGUUGCGGCUGCACAUGAAGUCAGUGUCAGGCUGAUGGAGUCGUUUAGCUAACGAUGACUCUACACUAUGUGACUGGAAGCCUCGCUUGGUUGCUCUCAUGUUACAGUCGUGCAGUCUAUAGAUCAGUUGUCAGUGUGGAAAUAGGCCUCUGGAGUAGUAGUAGUAGAGUGUGUGUGUGUGUGUGUGUGUUUGUGUGUGUGUGUGUGUGUGUGGUGUGUGUUCAUGUAUGCGUGAUUGUGUUAGUGUGUUUAAGUGGGGCAGAGCAAUCGCAGAGCAUCUCUGUGAGCAGCAUGGACGAGUGAUUCAUGAGCCCAGACUGAUCCAAACCCCUAUUCCUCCCUCCUGCUCCGCUUCCUCCCUGUCCGUCACGGGACGGAUGGGCGGUUAGAGAUGAUAAACGUCAAACUCUGGAUUGAGGUGGGGUUGGGGACAAUCGAGGUCACCAUCAGAAACGUGAAUUCAUCCUGACUGAUGUAGUUAGCAGCUGUAUUGAAGACUGAAUGAUAGUCUGGCUUUUAGUAAUUUUCUGAGCUGAGUGGCUUCAAAUGCCCAGGAUGAAUGGGCAUGGUUAAAUGAUAACUCUCCAGAGGGCUUGGCCAAGUGUGUGCAUGUGUGUGUGUGUAUGUGUGUGUGUUUGUGCAUACAUGCGUGCAUGUUUAUGGCUAUGGUGACGGUAUAUCUUUAUGUGGAUAAAGAAGAGUGACAACAGUUUUCUUUACUUAUUGUAGGGUAUCGCACUUCCUCACUCAUUAAAACAUAGAUUUUCUCUCUCUCUCUCUCUCUCUCUCUCUCUCUCUCAAACACACAGACUCACCCACAUGAACAAUAACUCCCAAGGUCAUAGCUAAAGUCAGAGCCGCAGGCCCAAGAACAUUAACACUCCUGUUUUGGUCUCUCUUACCAUGCAUCACUACAUCCUCUUAUCUUCCCUUUCAUUCUCAAUCUGACACUGUCAUCAGCUUUCACACAAUGCAGGCACGCACACACUCAAAACACACAUACACACACACACACACACACACACACACACACACACAAUCUUUAGGCUGUCAUUAUCAGAUCAUUUGUUCAAGGGGAAGCUUAGAGGCAUACAUGCUUUUAAACAACCUGCAGAUUGCUGGUGUCAAUCCUUCUUAUGUUACAUCACAUUUAUAAAAAGACAUUUGACCUACAAGAGCGUGACCUCACCAAUACAUACCUGAACAUAUCCCAUAAACACAGUGGUUCCUUAUUUGGAAGGCGCAGCUAUCAUCGGUUUUACGCUGGCGACAAAUAUAGAGCUGUUUAGCAGACAGAAAAAGUACAUUUCUUUACCAGCAGUAGGUCAGAGGACAGGGGAGUAAGUCAGUGUGCAAAAAGGAUGAGAUGUGUGUGUGUUUGUGUGUGUGCUUGGGGCUAUUCUGGUGUUAACAGUUCACAGCACUGUACACAGGACAGAGUAAAAAUGCUUCUGAUCUAAGAAGGUGUUUGUGUGCACAAAUGGAAAAAGUGUAUUCUGUAAUCUAUGAAGGAGCUAAAAGUUGUAUAGACAUAUAUUCACAGUGCCUGGACUCAGACUGCUUGGAGUUUUGUUGGAGUCAGUGCAGCUAUUAUUCGUGCCCGCUGGAGAAAAGUGUAAAGGCCGGGGAGUUCAAAGAAAUCGACGUGUUAUUGCUCAGAAAAUCAUUGCAGAGGGCGGUGUUCUGGUUGCGGCUGGUGUAAGCAAGUGAUGUAUAAGAGGGAGGGGCUGCUUUGUAAUUUCUCCCCUCCCCUAAUCAUCUCUUGAUACGUAUGUGUGUGUGUAACUGUCCGUGUGUCUGGUACAUUGAUACGUUAUUACACAGAGGAGGAAACAUCAUUAGCCUGCUGAUUAGAGAUCAGAGGUGCUGUGUUAGAGCUGCAGAUUGCAGAUGUCCUCAGAGGCGACAGACCUGCAGAGACCGAACAGUCCUCACUGUAUGUGUUUGUGUGUAAGUGAAUGUGUGUGUGUUUGUCCAAUAUGGGAUUUCUGAUAUAUCUGCUGAAGUAAAGCAUAUUAUGUCCCUUCUUUGUCGUUCCUUUUAGAGUUUUCUUUAGUUUUGUACAUCAUGAAUCAUAAGCAAUAAAGAACAUAAGGAUGAAGUAUGGAUGAAAAGUAGUUUUCUAAGACUUUACUUGUUAAAACUGAAAAAGUGAUUUGAAUUCUUGUGCUGCAAUAGAACAGGAAUUCAUGAAUAAAAACUACUCAGUUAAAUGUUGUAAGAAUUUUUAUAACACAUAUACUGGAAAUCUUUUAAUUGUCUCAAAACACUUCUUCUUCCUUUACUCAUACAUACGUGCUAAUAAUGAGUCUUGGAAUGCAUUAAUUCAGGGCGUUAAAAGUAUCUAUAGGUCUGUCAGUUCAUCAGCUUUAAGUUUGAUACCAUUUAUGGUCUGCAUUUUUUUCAGCAUUAGCUAUUGAAUAUACUUAUAUUUUGUAUGUAAUUUUUGUAUUAUCUCUCUACAUGGUAGUGUUAGUGGCCAAGUCUGUCAUUCACAUUGCCUACCUACGCACAAGAUUCGCAAGAAAAUGAUGCAUGCACGUAAUCCAAUGCAAUUUUAUCUCAUUUAUAACUAAUGCAGUUUUUAAGUUACUGCUAAUGCUUAGUGAAUAUCUCCUACUGCUGCUAGUUUGCAUUAAAAGCAUUCAACUGAUGAAACACGGGGUGGCUUUAAUUGUGAAAUUUGCAAUUAUUUUUGACCGACUUCUCUGUUAAAAUGUGACUUUGUUUGGCUGUAUUGUAAACAGAUACAGCAGUUGCUCUUCUGUUGUAUUUCCGACAGAGAAGCUAUUCAAUGAGUGUUUGCUGUAUUAUUGACGUUACCAGGGUAAUCACGAGUUGAGCUGGCCGGAAGGCGUUGGUGUCUACACAGGCAUAGAAUUUAGUAGGAUGUGUCCCUAUUAAUAUCCAGCGACUAACGAAUUGCUCCUAGCAAUAGUUUUGAUCCAAAAGUUAAAAGGUAACCACUAUUGUCUGUCAGUGUCUAGUCAAUGUAUUUGGUAAAAAAAAAAGUCCACUACUAGUGGAAUACUCUAAGUCCAAUGCAUUUUGAGGGUUUGAAAAAUUAUGUCCUCAUUUCCUCAAUGACAUCGUUUUGUUCCACACACAAAUUUAUCUCCUGAACCUAAUGUGUUUAAUUGACCCAUAAUUGUUUAAAACUCUCAGUCCUUUCAUCACAUCAUGUAAGUUCUUUGACGUUAGCUUCAGUCAUUGAGAUAAAAAGUUUUGAUGUCAUAUAGGCUACUUUUUGGUUUGUGGUCUUUGUAAAAACAUAUUUUCACAGUCUUAUACUGACAGAAGUCAUAUGUGUAAAUCAAAAAGUCCCUGCAAGGGAAUGAGAGACAAAGUAAACAGACCUGUAGUCUACAUGUCAUGGCCAGACGGUCUGUUGUUUGUGGUAUUGACCACACCAGCAUCUAACCGGACCCAAGUGACAUUUACAGGUAUGUUAACAUGCUGUUGAAUGUGCUGGAGCUGUGUAUAUGUUUGCUUAGUCACUAGAUCAACAAGCUAAGGUGCAGAUCAAGAUGUGUGUUUAUGUUGGUAAGUUAGGUAAGAAGGAGACCUUAGCAAGAAAGCUAAUGUGGGUUGUUAGUUUGCAGCUCUUGUGUUAUGUAGCAGACGGCUGUCUGGCUCUGAUCGAACGCUGACGUUACUGCUUUAUGCAAGAUUUCAUUGGCUAAAUAAGGUCUCCAUCUAAGUUGACCUAAAUGUUUCUAAAUCAAUAUGUUUUAAUGCUAAACUUGGGGUGCCAUCAUGAAACCAAAAAAUAUAAAAUUGACAUUUCUGUUUUGGUUUCUCAUAUUUUGUCAAAGCUGAACACAAGACAAGUGAUUUACAGUGUAGAUAUGUAUGUUGUGGAAAAAUGCAAUUUAAUUUCAGUUGGAUAAUAACUUUACAUGAUGUCCAUUGAGAAUGAUACUUGUGUAUGUAUGUGUGUAUGUGUGCAUUUUGCUGCAGUAGCUCGUAGAGGCUCAGUUUCAGAUAACCUCCACUCUGUAAGGAUGGUGAGAGCAAUCUCAGAGAAACUGAGAUUCUCUCUCACAAUCACACAGUGCACAGGGAAACUCAACACUUCUGUAGACCUCAAUAAUCUUCGAGCCUGGCUAUGCUCAGUUCUAUAAAUCAAUUUAAUGUAUAUUGGACACAAUCUGUCUGUCAUGUGUGGCUCUCCAUUACUCAGAUAUUUGACCCCCUGCACACACACCACAAAAACAGACACAAACACAAACAGUGGGCAGUGGGAUGGAGUUGGGAGCUUAGAGCAAGAAGCAGAGGCUCACAGACGACUUCAGUGAAUGCACACACGAAUGAUUCACUCCCGUCUCUCGCCUCGACAACUUUUCUUUCCCCUCUUUAUCUGUCCUUGCACCCCACUCCCACCUGCUUGGCUCACAGCACUCUACCCUUCCACUUUUUCUUUCUUUCCACUCCCCACAUCCCUUCGUUUCACUUGUGCUGCCAAGAUGCCAGCCACUCCACUUGCAAAGAGCAGGCUAAUCCGUCAUGCGGCCCUCAAAACUCUGCCUGCUGGAUCUUACAGCUCUGGAGCUUCCUUCUGAGAGAGACAGGAAGGAUAACAAACAGACAGGCGGACACAGACAGACAGAAACAGCAAGUGUGUAGUAUAAGAACACAAAAGCCCAGAAGCACAAAAGCAAUGCUAGAGACAAAACAUUUUGUGUUCUCACAACCAUUACUGUGUGUUUGUGAGUGUGUGUGGGUGUGUGCCUGAGUUUGUGCGUUCAGUCUGAUCCCGUUAUUUCUCUGAGGGUGAUGUUAGAGCGUGAGCAUGAAGCACAGAGACCAUCUAAUGCAAUAAGUCAAUAAUACAUCCCAUCAUUGCACACACACACACACACACACACAGGCACACAUGCACAGACAGCAUAAAACAGCCUUCCAGGGGUGAGAUGAGCAUUUUCUUCUUUGUGGAUCCUUUCUUUUUGAACCAGUUCAUGUCUUUAUGUUGUCCUUUACAUCCUCUGUACUCACCAUUACCAGCAGGGCUGCAGUGGACAAAACUGUAGUAGAGAUCACGUUCUUGUUUCAUUGGGCUAUUUUAUGAAAAGUCAACUCUCAAUUUCUGUGUAUGCAUCACUUUCAACGUGACCCCACUUAUACGCUACACACACACACACACACACACACACACACACACACACACACACACACACACACACACACACACACACACACAUCCUUGUACUUCUAUAGUUGUGAGGACCCUCACUGACGUAAUGCUUUCCCUGGACCCUUACCCUAACCUUAACCAUCACAACUAAA